AUGAGUCGAUUUGGGGGUCAGUUACGCGAGUACCCUGCCGUGUCUAUUGACCGCUUCGACCGCCACAACCUGCGCGCCCGUGCCUACUUCCUCUCGCACUGCCACAAGGAUCACAUGAAGGGGCUGCGGGCGCCCGCCCUGAAGAGGAGGCUGGAGAGCAGUUUGAAAGUGAAAUUGUACUGCUCACCUGUGACUAAGGAAUUGCUGUUGACUAACUGGAAGUACAAAUUUUGGGAGAAUCACAUUGUUGCACUGGAAGUUGAAACUCCAACUCAGAUUUCUUUAGUAGAUGAAACAUCUGGUGAGAAAGAAGAUAUAGAGGUGACACUUCUACCAGCUGGUCACUGUCCAGGAUCAGUCAUGUUUUUGUUUGAAGGUGGAAAUGGCACUGUGCUUUAUACGGGGGAUUUCAGGCUUGCAAAAGGAGAAGCAGCCAGAAUGGAGCUUUUGCAUUCAGGGUCCAGAGUAAAAGACAUCCAGAGUGUAUAUUUGGACACCACUUUUUGUGAUCCCAAAUUUUAUCAUAUACCAAGCAGGGAGGAAUGUUUAAAGGGGAUCUUGGAGUUGGUGCAGAGCUGGACUUCGCUGUCUCGCUAUCACAUCGUGUGGCUGAACUGCAAAGCUGCUUAUGGAUAUGAAUAUUUAUUCAUAAACCUCAGUGAAGAGCUUGGAAUUAAGGUGCACGUGAACAAACUUGAUAUGUUCAAAAACAUGCCAGAAAUCCUCUACCAUGUCACUACAGAUCGACACACUCAGAUUCAUGCCUGUCGAUAUCCUUGGGAUGAUGACUGUUUUCGAGGGAACAGACUGCCCUGUGGGAUGACAUGCCAAAAUGGAACUCCCUUGCAUGUAAUCAGUAUCAAGCCCUCCACUAUGUGGUUUGGGGAAAGGAUCAAGAAGACUAGUGUAAUAGUGAGAACUGGAGAGAGUACAUACAGAGCUUGUUUCUCUUUCCACUCAUCAUACAGUGAGAUUAAGGAUUUCCUGAGCUAUAUCUGUCCUGUCAAUGUCUAUCCCAAUGUACUGCCAGUGGGUGGGACAGAAGACAAGGUGAUGGAAACAUUAAAGCCUUUAUGCAGGUCAUACAGGAGAAACAUGGAACCCAGGUACAAGCCCCUAGGAACACUGAAAAGAGUCCACAAGAGAGACUUAUCUGAUACAGAUGAAGAUGAUCUCUUUGAUUCAGAACUAACUUCUGCAAGGCCCAAGAUUCCAAAACAGGAGAAAGAACUGAGCAAAUCCUUCAGCACAGGACAAUCUGAAAAUGCUGAAGGAAACAUUAAUGAGAGAACAGAAAGUUACAAAACAACCACAAAUUACACCUUACUCAAGGCAGACUUCAUGGACUGUGAAGAAUCAAAUGAUGAUGAUGAAGAUGACGAUGAAGAAUUGGAAAAAAAUACAGUUCCAUUUCUUUCCAAUGAACCAGCUGCCACUUCCACAACAAAUUUCAAUGGGGCAACUAGUGACCAUCAGGAGUCUAAUGCCAGUGUCCCUUGCUGGGAUGCUUUUUUUAAGUGUAACAAACUAGAAGAAAGCUCUGAAAAUGAGGAAAACUUCCCCUCUUCAGCAGAUGCUGGUGGGUCCCAGUCACUCUUCAGUGAUUCUGAUGGAGUAAGCGACUCCACACACAUCUCCUCCCAAAAUUCUUCUCAGUCAACACACAUAUCAGAGCAGGGGAGCCAGGACUUGGACAGCCAAAUGGACACAGUACUCAUUACCUCCCAAGAGAGAAAUGCUUUGGACUUCAGUUGCAUCAGCAAAGGUAGGAGCAGAACAGUUGCUUCUGUAUCUCAGGAGACUGCCAAAGACACCCAACCUGACAACAGUAAGUGGAAGCCACUGGGUCAAACUCAAUCUUGUGCCUGUGAUGUUUUCUAUGACUUGAAGAGCAAAGACUGUGAGAAAAAUGAAGGAGCUAGCACUACCCACAUUCAUGAUGUGCUCGAAGUAAGUGACAACUCCAGGACUCCUGAUCUAGAACUGAGGAGAGACUCCCAGAGCUCCUCUGACUUUGAAAUCCCCUUGACUCCUGGUGCUGAAGUGCCUCAGCCAGAUAAAUUGCACUCUUUGUAUAAGAAGCUAGCAGCAGGUGAAAACAUAGUGAGAAAAAAGCCUCCUGAAGACAAGUGUAACUGA